GGAGGGAGGGAUGAGGAGGUUGUUGAGCACUUUGCACAUUUUCCCUCUGAAAACUUUUUACUUUCACUUUCUAAUCUUUUGUGUCAGGAGACGGAACGGCAGACGGAUUUCAGCCUAAAGGUUGUUAAAGCAGCAGUUGGUCUUCAGUUGAAUGAGUCUCUGAUGUUUCCAGCACACUGACAUCAUGGCGGCUGCAGCACCAGAUAAUGAUGAUGGUGAUUUAAAUACUCAGCGCAGCAGCAGCCCUGACUUCGACCGUCCCAACUUUGCAGAUGAACAUCAACCCCAUAUGCACAGCGGGAGCAUGGAAGAACUGCCACCGCACAUGUCUGAGCUGAGGGUUGUUCUGCUGGGGAACAGCUGGUCUGAGAGGAGUUCAGUGGGGAACUUCAUACUGGGAGAGACUAAGUUCAACACUGAGGAAGAACCAGACUGCUUCCUGAGAGAAAGAGUGCAGUUGAAGGGGAAAGAAGUAGUUCUCAUCAACACUCCAGAUCUGCUGCAUCGUGACAUCUCUGAACACAAACUGACAGAACAUGUAGAAAACUGUGUGAGACUCUCUGAUCCUGGACCUCAUGUGUUCCUGCUGGUUCUACAGCCUGAAGACUUCACUGAGGAACACAAACUGAGACUACAAUCAAUCCUUGAACUCGUCAGUGAUCAAUCAUUUGAUCAUUCUCUGGUUCUGAUAUCAACACCCAGAGAGGAGAGUCCAAAAGCCAGGGAAAAAUAUCAUCAAAAUCCACUGUUAGGAGACAUUAUCAAAAAAUGUAGAUCCAUGUUGUUGUGGCACAAGAAACUUGACUAUCAUCACUUGUUAACACUCAUGGACAAAAUGGUGAAGGAGAAUAAUGGAGAUUAUGUGAGCUGUGAUCUCUUCAAAGACGCAACUUCUGUUUUCCCUGGUGGCCAUCAAAGCCUGAAACAAGCAGAAGGAGCCCAUUUCAACUUGGAUCCUGUUAAAGAUACUGGGCUGAAAUGUCUCGUGUCACGCACAUUGUAUUCAGAUAAAAACUAUAUUAACAACUUGAUCAAACGUCAGCCUGCGUCACACACAUCGUCACCAGUGGACAGCACAAGAAACCAGUUGUCUGCACUCAGGAUUGUACUGGUGGGGAAAAGUGAAGACAAAAAGACAAAGCUUGAAUGUGGAGGAAGACACUACAACAUGGUUGAAAACAACCACACAUUGUUAAUGGAGAACGUUGAGAACAUUGUGCAUGAAAACAAAGGAACCUUCCUCACCUUCACUGAAGAGACCAUAAGACCAAAGUCUGAACUCAUCAAACCAGCUUUAAACCUGGUUCUGUGUGGGAGGAGAGGAGCAGUGAAGACUUCAGCAGCCGAGGCCAUCUUAGGUCAGACAGAGUUUCAUUCAGUCUCCAACUCAUCAGAGUGUGUUAAACAUCAGGGAGAGGUGUGUGGACGUUGGGUUUCCCUGGUGGAGCUGCCUGCCUUGUAUGGAAAACUUCAGGAGGCAGUGAUGGAGGAAUCACUCAGGAGUAUCUCCCUCUGUGAUCCUGAGGGCGUCCAUGCCUUCAUCCUGGUCCUACCUGUGGGUCCCCUCACUGAUGAAGACAAGGGAGAGUUAAAGACCAUCCAGAACACAUUCAGCUCUCGAGUCAACGACUUCACCAUGAUUCUGUUCACUGUGGACUCAGAUCCUACAGCUCCAGCUUUUCUUAACUUUGUGAAAGAAAACAGAGACAUCCAGGAGCUCCGUCAGAGCUGUGGAGGAAGAUAUGUUGUUCUCAACAUCAAGGACAAGCAGCAGAUCCUAGAACUGCUGGAUAAUGUGGCAAUUAUGAAACUCUACAAGGAUCAACCAUGCUGUUAUACAACAUACACCUUUGCAAAAUCCCAAAUAGAUAAGAUAAUACAACAAGAUAAACACAUCACUACACUACAGGCUGAGCUGAAGGACCUAAAAAAAGAGAGCACUGUCAGCUAUGAUGAAGAAUGGAGUCUAGAGUGUCUCAGGAUUGUGUUGAUAGGGAAGACUGGCUGUGGAAAGAGCUCUUCAGGAAACACCAUUCUAGGAAGAAAAGCGUUUAAAGCCAAAUCAGCCCAAAGAUCAGUCACUAAACAGUGUCAGAAAGAACAGAGUGAAGUCGAUGGUCGUCAGGUGGUUGUGGUCGACACUCCUGGUCUGUUUGACAAUAGUUUGUCUCAUGAAGAGGUUAAUGAGGAGAUGGUGAAAUGCAUCAGUCUUCUGGCUCCAGGACCACAUGUCUUCCUGUUGGUGAUACACAUUGGCAGAUUUACACCAGAGGAGAAGGAGACAUUAAAACUUAUCAAGGAAGGAUAUGGGAAGAAUUCUGAGAAGUUCACCAUCAUUCUUUUAACUGGAGGAGACAAGCUGGAACGUGACAAAGUGUCCAUUGAAGAAUACAUUGAAGACUCUGAUGAUUCCUUUAAGAAGCUGAUCUCUGACUGUGGAGGAAGAUACCAUGUGUUUAAUAACUAUGAAGAACACAACCGCACACAGGUCAGUGAGCUGAUAACCAAGAUUGACACCAUGGUGAAGGAAAAUGGAGGCAGCUGCUACACUAAUGAGCUGCUGCAAGAGGCCGAAGCUUCAAUAAAGAAAGAAAUGGAGAGAAUCCUGAAGGAGAAUGAAAAAGAGAUGGAGAGAGAGAGGCAGGAGCUUCAAAUAAAACAUGAGGAAGAAAUGGAAGAAAUUAAAAGACGAAUGGAAGAACAGAGAGCAGAAACUGAAAAGGAGAGAAAACUGAGAGAAAAACAACUUGAAGAAAAGGAGGAAAACAUAAAAAAAGAACGUGAGGAGAGAAAGAAAGAACAGGAAAUGAGAGAAGAAGAAGACAGGAAGAGAAAACAACAGGAAGAAAUUCAACGACAGGAGUGGAAACAGAAAGUUGAAGCUUUGGAGGAAAAAAUAAAAUCUGAGUCAGAAUCAAAGAAAACCAUUGAUAGAAAGCUGGAGGAGAGCAGAGAAGAGAUGAGAAAAGAACGAGAGAACUGGGAGAAACAACAAAAAGAAUGGUGGGAAAAACGAAAUGAAGAAGAAGAACAGAGACGACAGGAGGAAGAAACAAAACUUAGAAAACUGCAAGACGAAUACGAGAAAGAAAGAGAAAAAUAUGAAAAAACAAAAGAAGAGGAUCGAGUCAGAAGAGAACAAGAGGAAAAGAAGCAGAAAGAGUUACAGGAAAACUAUGAGACAAAACUGGAGGAAAUGAAGAAGAAGUAUGAAGAGGAGGCCAGAAAUAAAGCUGAAGAGUUCAAUGAGUUCAGAGAGAAGAAUGAGAAGGACUUUGCAGCUCUGAUAGAAAAACACAUGAAGGAAGUGCAGGAGAAACAGCAGGAAUAUUUCCGCCUGCAGGAACUUUCAACUCACAAAGAAAAAAAUCUGAAACAAGAUCUUGAUGAACUACAGAACAAACAUAAACUAGAAAUGACUGACUUGAUUCUGCUACUUCUGACCCAAAAGAAAGAAAACAGGAAGAAAAUAAGGACAAUGCAGGAAACACACAAAAACGAGGCAGAUAACCGUAAAAAAUAUCUUUCAGCCCAAAACAAAAGAAAGGAGAAGGAACAAAUUGAUGAAUUAAAGAAAAAACAGCAGCAGGAAAUGAAAGCUUUGGAGAGGGAAGUUUCAACCCAAAACAAAGAAGAUAAGGAAAUAAGAAAGACUAAGCUGUCCAUCAAACAUAAACAACAAAUUAAUGAGUUGACACUGGAACUUUUGACCCAACAGCAACAAAACCAGAAGAAACAGCUGGAUGAAUUACAGAAACAACAUGAGCAGAAAUUGGAUGAAUUCAAACAGAAACUGCUGGAAGAAAAUAAAAGUCACGAGAGAGUGAAAAUAGAUGAACUGCAGAAGAAACAUGAACGAGAAAUUCUGGAGUUGAAACAGCAAGUUAUGGCCCCAGAUGAAGACAGUCACGAGGAAGAAUUAGAUGAACUACAGAAAAAACACAAAAAAGAAAUGAACGAGAUGAAAGAGAAACUUUUGAUCCCGGAAGAAAAACAGUCUUGCUGCAUUGCAUGAGCAAGUUGAUUCUACCUUUGAUCCAAAUGUCACACCAAAGCAGUUCAUUGUGUAAUCACCUGUGUGACAUUCAGAGGCCUGUAACCAUCUUUAAUGUAUAUAGUUACCAUGGUUACAGGUGUGGUUCUUACCUAUUGCAAGGUGAGCAGAUUUUUUUUUUGUUAUAUCCGAUACAAAAAUGUUGCUUAUAUUAGAGUUUUGAUUUUAUUUUUAUGGCUUCUAUUCUGUUUGUAUUCUUGUAUUUUGGCAUUGUUUUAGAUUUUGUGUUUUUGUGCCUUCAACAGUGUCCAGUGGAAAUCCAAAGUGAUUUGAGAGGUUUCAGAAUAAUUUGUAUUUGUGAAUUAGUUUGUAGAUGCCAGGCUACAAUUAUGUCUCCAGCAAACUGGAACAGGUGUGUUCCUUUAGCAAAGAUACUGCUGCUAUAAAGUUUGGUCUAGGAUUAGCACUGCUGAAUAUCAGCUGAACACACUAUGGACUGACAAAUCACAGUCUAAACCAAUUCAAUCUGACCACUGAGUAGACUGCUGAGGGCCCAAAGAAAAACAGGUUCCCAAAAUAUUUAGAGCCCAGUUUCACCGUUGUGGUUAAACAGUGAUCCAUGGUCACUGACAAGAAGGUAUUCGGGAGGAAAUGGUUACAACAGUAUUCUCCUAUCUACAUGAAUAAAUGGUUAUUUAAUCGCCAUCUCAGUCUGCAGACACUCUCAUUGGUCGUCCUUAUCUGUGUACAGUAGGUAUAAAAUCAAUAUGGCCUCGCAGUAUUCUACAGGUGUUGGUCCUCAGACAAGCAAAAGUGCUUUUAAAUCAGCUGCCUCUUCUUCCUGGAAUAAUGCUGAAAGAGGACCUGGAAUUGUCUUUAUUCUUGGUCGAUGUGAUUGAUCCUAUAUUUUCAUUAAAACUGGGUUUGUUUAUGCAUCGUUAUGGGUUUUUUGUUCUUGAACUUGUACUUCAUAUUAACUGGAUAUUGUAUCAUCUGUAGUGUGUCACAGUUGUUUGUUUAUACUGUUUGUGUUUAUUGCUGGAACAAUGUUUAACUGCACUCCUGGCCAGGUCACUCUUAAGAGAUUUGAAUUAUUCUUUUACUUAAAUAAAGGAUUAUAAUACAUUUGUUGACUGAAUUAUACUAUUUUUAUCUGUGUUAAUAGCCAUUAGUGAAGGAGAGACGAAAACCAUCAAUAGAACAGGUUUUCAACAGAAACGGCAAGUUUCACCUUGUGGUCUCAUUACUUUAUCUCAGGACAAUGGAAACAAAAUGAUGGGUUAAGAGCUAAUUUAGUUAUGUUACAGUGAUCAUCAUAAUUUUUUUAAUUACCUGUUUAACUCAAACAUCUUUUGAAUUAUACAAUAGACUUGAUUCUGCUGGUAUUUUAGGGAUUUUGUGUUGAGGAGGUGCUGUUAUAAACCAAGAGCUCAUGCAGUCCCUCUUAUAAUUUAUCUUUAUAUCAGAUGGAUGACAUUUGUAGUCACUUUCAAUUGUAAUAUUACUGUAUACAGUCAUGUUCAUUUUCUGUAUUUAUAUCAUAGUGCAGUAAUUCUAUAUAAAAA